UGGACAGGCGCACUUUUUAUAAAUGUCUUGUUCAUUUUGUCACAGCAUUCAUUUAUAUAGUACAUAUAUUUUUACCGCUUUUUAAUUUUACGCGCGACAGAGGCAAAUAAUAAACGUCUUCCCGUUAUUAUGCCAAUCUUACGAGUUACUCUUUAAAAGUGACACGUAUCAUGCGAAGAGACUUCCCUCGUUAUGACAGACUAUUCGACACUUCUACAACUGCCGAAGACGAUUCGUGUUUUUCGUCGGAAAUCGAUCUGCUAAAUCCGAGAGUGACACAGUCUUAUCAAAGGUUGCGAUCUGUGCGUCGAUCAUUAGAAAACGAGAAAACCGAUCAAUAUAAUCUUUUUAAAUUGCCAUCGAGAUCAUUGUACUGCCGACAUCCGAUUGUUAAUGGACGAAAUAUCCAAGUCAAAUUACUUGCUAGAGAAGGCAUUGAAGACGCGCCACAAUAUACUUUGAACGUUAGAUCUUCUGUAUCGCAUAACAGUUUGAAAAAAUAUGAGCCGCAAAUAACUUUCGAAGAGGAUCGUUCGAGCGAGGGUGAAAGAUUUGACCGUAAAGUCAGCAAGAAACUUCGGAGAAAAGAGAACAGCACGCCGCGGAUCGUGAGAGCUAUUCGACAGAACAGCAGGAAACUUGAGCCUAAAAAGAAUAAAUCGACGAAAUCCGAUCGACCACAAGCGCGCCACAGCAAAAGCAGCGUCGUUGUGCUUUAUCACGGAAGACCCAAUAGUCCAUCAUCCUCCUCGAAGGUUCUCGUGCAAACUUCGAAAUCCGAUCAGACGGUAAUAGAAAAAUCAAACGUAUCCCAACCGGAAAGUGCGAGUCUCUCGUUACCUGACAAGACGAAAAUAGAAAAGGACGUGGAAACUUCGGAAAGUUUGUCUCCAGUUUGUCCGCGAUAUCCGCUGCGGCGACGAAGGACGGUUUCUAGACAAUAUCGUCGCGUAUCAAGACAACAGCCUUCUUUGAACGUGAAUAUUUAUCACGCGAAUCGAGUGGAGCGAAUCGUACCGUUGCAGCGUUACCGGGAUGCACUUGAAGAGGUGGAAAUAGACUCGAAAUGUAAAGGAUCGGAGAGCGCAAGGCCAUUUAAAGAUCCCUUUAAAUCGCAAGAAAAAACGAUUGCUUAUCGCGACGAGAACGCGAUAAAUCAAAGUUCACAAAAGUGUGCAAGAAGAGAGAGAAUUUCGAAGAAACGCUGCUCGCCGACUGAAGCUAUUGCUUCGAAGCUUAUGGACCAUCGUUCAAAACAAAAGGAAGACGAAGUAAAAGACAAUCAAAAAUAUUUAGCGCCUCGCUCAAAUCUGGAUUUUGUUGGACCGCAGCAGAUACAAACGCAUUCCAAGGAAAAAACGAGCGUUAAUUCAGCAUUCAUAAGCGUGAACGAAGGUGACGAAGCCAAUCGUGUGUUUCCAUUCCAACCCACACCUAGCGGUAAUCUCAAGAUAAUUCCAAAUCAGGUUGUGUUCGAGUCAAAGAAAUUCAGCGUUCUUGUUGCCGAUCCGCGAAACACGAAGAUCAACGUAAAGACCGAACUCGGCCGGUCCAACGGUGACGUUGAUGCGUCCACUUCCGGCUGUUCGAACCGAACGAAAUAUAUCGAUCUCCCACCUGGCGUAACGCCGUCGACGAUCAAUCAGUUACAGACGCAGAAGAAGUUGCCUUACGUCGAAGCAAAUUACAGAUCACAAUUACAGCCAAAUACGAGACUGAAUUUGCUGGAAAUGGAACAAAAGCAAGCAGUUGAAUCUACGUCCCACGAAGUACCUUCGUUAACCGAAAUUCCACUUGCCUCGCUGGGUUUUACAAACGAGCAGCCGAUCAAUUGGAGCAAUAUAAUUCUUCCAGAAAAGACCGACUUGUACCAGGAAUUAGCUAGGCGUAUCAUAAAUUACAAAAAUGCUGACUGUGUCGUCCGAAUCGACAACGACGAGUUUUACUGUCAUCUUCUCGUUCUCCAAAGUUACAGCACGUUUUUCGACGAGAAAAAUUACAAGGAUAUUGAUUUGUCCGGUAGCAACGUAACUUCCAAGGCGUUCUCUAUUAUUUACGAUUGGAUGAUAAGUCCAAUCAACGAAAGUUGCCAGCUAUUACGAAGAGAUAACAUCUUGGAAAUAUUUAUGGCCGCGCAAUAUCUCGGUAUUAAAGAAUUGGAGGAACAAUGCUGGGCGUUUAUUGAUAAUGACGAGCUGUUUUCCGAAGACACUGCUUUCCUAUUAUAUUUGGAAGCGAAGAAGAUCGGAAACACCGCUGUGAUGGAACUAAUGGUGCCAAGAAUCAUGAAGUUUUUCCUGAUGCUCGUCAGCACAAAAGAUUUUUUAGAGUUAUCAGUAGACGAGUUAUGUUUGUUACUGAAAUCCAAUUACAUUUGCGUUAAUAGUGAAAUGGAGGUUCUAAUGUCUGCUGUAAGAUGGUUGAUGCACGAUUGGGACGGUCGAAAACAAUUUAUGUUAGAGGUGCUCAAAUGUGUUCGAUUCGGACUUAUAGCUCCGUGGCAAUUGGUGGACGUCAAAAGAAAUCCCGAAAAUCCGGAAUUUAUGGAACUUAUGUCAUAUCCUGAAGUCCAGAAAAUGGUGGACGAUGGCCUUGCAUUUGUUAUUAUAAAAUAUUGGUAUGGCAAUCAAACAGAAGAUUAUUACCACUGGAUCGAUUUGCUAGGGCUUAGCGAGCCGACCAAUCGCAACUGGGCAGGAGAAGACAAAAACUACGUAACGUAUCGUGAGUUUUUGUUAUAUCUUGAAGAAUAUCAAAAAACAAACAUCUCAGAUCUAAAGUCUAAGAAAAUGAGAACAAAACCUACACCGCCCAAUUCUCCGCCGAAAGAUUACUCACCAUCAUCGCCGGAAAGAACGCACGCCGAUUGCAAUCAAAACUGUUGUUGCUUAAAUUCACGUUCUUUAGAACAACAUAACGCAACGCAGAGUAGAGGAUCAAGAAAAUACGUGGCGAAAGUCGCAUCCUCAGGAAUGGUGAUUCCACCUGAAAUCUUGACCGAAUAUCUGAGCAAUAUGGGUAGAAGUAACAAUUCAAGAGCAUUUAACACGCAGAGCAAAUCGCAGUGCGACGGAAAUAGAAACAACAAAUCUCAAUCAUCAAACGCGAAAUAUCGCGGGGGAGGUGAAUCUCCACGAAAACCUGUGGAAUUCUUAAAGAUCGCGAAAAAUACAUACGAACAUCAGCGCGAGGAUGCGGAUAAAUCGAAAUACGAUAGACAAAAUGCUACAUUUUCUAGACAAAAGCAACAAAAAACGACAAAAACGUCAAAAUAUUUUGAAGAUCGCACAGACUCCUCUAAAUCCGAAGAAGAAGCGGCUACUGUGAUACAGGCUACAUACAGGGGAUAUAAAGUUAGGAGAAAGUUUGGAGAAAUUAAGAAGUCGUCUUCAGAGGAGAAGCAGAACACUCAAAAAGUGGCCGAACUGUUGUCUGCGACUCAAGACUGGACCUACCAUAAAUCAUUAAAUCCGGUUAAAGCGUUCAACAGUGUUGUCAAUCAGAAUAAAAAUACACUACACAAUAUGUAAAGCAAUGCAAGUAAAAAAUGUAAUUUAACAUCAUGUAAUAAACACAUAUACAUAUAUUUCUUUUUUUUAGAAAAAAAUAAAAAGUACUUUUUUAUCUUUAUGAGUGUAAAUACACAUCUUGAAAUUGCUCAAUGCGUUUGCUUGUCAAUUACUAUGUCGGCGACGUGCAAAGUGCGAUGAGAACUACUGUCGUUGAUCAAAUUUGUUUUUAUUAUAUCAAGUGACGCAAAAUAAUGCGCGUCAUGUACUGACAAUGAGAUAACUUAACAAAAGAAACGCAGAGAAGAUGCAAUAUAACUAUGAGCCAG